UAUGGCAGGUCGUUGUUUUCUUGGUUUAGUGCUCCUUCUGGUUUGUGUUUUUUGGGGCGCUUGGCUGAGCCAUAUCACAAACGCUCAAGUAGGUAAGGCGAAAACUAACAACAAAGGUAGACAUUACAAAUAUCGUCGGUGUUGCAUCCUGACUAUAUACACAUUUUUAGACUUAAACUAUUCGGUUACCUACUCGCUGACCCUCAGCCCGAGCGAGUUAUAUGCCACGUGCAUUUGUGUAACUAUAUGUAAGCAUUGUUAUUUUUUACGCUAUCGUGGCGUACUUUCCAAUUUUUGUAAGAAUCGGACGCGACACUCGGCAACUCGGGUAAUUACCGCACAUUGCAUGAUAAUGAUGGCUUAAACCCAAUUGAAUUGCUGUUUUAUCGGUUUUUGGAGUUUCCGAUCUGAGUCUAAUUCCUGGCUUCAGUUGCAUGCAGGGAAACUGAGGCGAAAACUAAAUCUGGAGCUUCAAGCACUCGUUGAAAAAAGUGAGUAAUGCUUUAUUAUCCGAUCGUUUUCCGCUCGUGGGUAUCAUAUGCUGAAUAUUGAUUAAUGUGCUUCUCUUCAAUUAGAUUUUAUUUUGGUUUUUGGACUCACCUGCAUGGUUUAGAGCAACAACCUUUAUUAUGAUGAAGGCAUGAAUUCUUUUAUAUAAUCUUAGGACGCUAAAAUUAAAAACUUUCUUUUUUUAAUUACUGAUUAUUAGUGUGUAUGCUUAGAUCUUUUUUGUGCUUAAAUCUUGAUAUUUGAACGUCCAUUUGCCUGAUUUUCUCGGACUCUGGCUCUCGUUACCACCUCUGUUUUUAUACUCCCAAUGAUGCAAGUUUAAUCUAGCUCCAUUAGGCAAUGUCUAGUGUUAAUUUGGUAUAUUUUAAUUUGACAUGUGCUAGACAAAACAGUCCUACUGCUCAAGGUCAGUGAAGGAUCAGUUGUCGUCUAUAGCCUUCAAUUAGCUAGUUAAAUUCAUUUUCGCACACUCAGCAAACAGCGAAUUGAACAGAUCUCAAAAUGGUUUUCUUGAACCAAUAAUCGAAAAACAUAGAGAGAAGUUCGUUCCCUCCGAAAUCGUUGGAGAUUCUUGGCUUUUUAUACUUAAGAUGCGGUGUCAAUCUUAAAGAGGCAACUAGCCUGAGAGUAAGAAAAAAGUCGUCCUUGACUAGAGUGUCCCAAAGUUAUCCUUGAAUUAACGGGUAAAUAGCUAAAAAUUUUUCCUUAUUUCUUCUUUUUUUUAAUAAUCCCCUAAAAGCUCAAAAAACAACCACCUCUUUUUUGCUUGGCACAAGAAAUAAUGAACCUUGUUACACUUCUUAGGAGAAGAACCUCUCGGCAGGUGUCUCGGCGGGACUGCCAAACCGCCCAACGAAAAAGGCCAUUAUUAAAAUCCUUUCGAUCAAGACCAAUAUAAUCAUUUGCGUUUUAUCCAACAUCGAAUGGAGUCUAUAGAGUCUUGCAAAAGUUUGUCAAACACUGAGAUAACUGAGUUAAGUAUAGAGUUUCGAGGAAACUUAAAUAAAACUAAAGAAGCUUGUAGAGAGACUUAAAUCGAUCAGAUGGUCUUAUAUGAUAGGAAGAUGUAAUAUACUACACCCUCUAGAGAGCCAAAAUAGACUGUCUGUUGAAAGAGAGGCCUUUUCUUUAGCACUUUCAGCGACCAAAGGAUACUCCUUCGAGAACUUGGUGUGGCGCGAAGAAACUUUUGAAUCCACCCAACAGAGUGCACAAAUGUGCUGCAACAAGAACCCAUGGCUGCAAUUAUUUACACUCACCACGUAGAGUGAUCUUCGGCUUCUCAACUUAACCGACACCAUGCUGAUAACAGACAAAUUUCAAUAAGGGCGUCACGGAUCGAAAAUAAAGCUAGCAAGAGCAAAGUUUUCCGAACUGCUCUAUGUUCGAUAUACAUGUCGUUAGGAAGUCAUUGUUUUCAACUUGCUGAAUACUGUUUUUGGAAAAGAAGUCAAUUAGGAGCCGGAUAAUAGGACAAUCACAUGACUUUGAGGGGCAUAGUUUAUUCGUGUCCCUCAUAGCAUCAUUUGCGCCCAAGCGGAGCGAGGGUGCAAAUGAUGCUAAGGGGGACACAAAUAAACUAUAUGUCCAACAAAAGUUAUUUGAUUAUCAUUAUUAUCAAUACACAAGGCCAAAUCGUACAAAAUUUAUUUCGCAAGGAAAGACUGUUAACAUGAAAUUACGUUGCGGGCUGCAAAUUCCAUUUCAGUACAGUGGACAACCAAUGAUUGAAGUACAAACAGAAUUCCACAAGACCAGUAUGAUUAGAGAGUCUCCGUCGCAGUUGGCGUAUGAACAACAACAGCUUAUAAAUUGCGAAUAUAACUUGCAAAAGGUGUAGCAACAAGAAAUUUGAAGAGGAUCUAUCAUGGCUUCACAAUUUGCAUCAAUUCGUUUCCAGACAAUAGGGAUUUUGUUUCCUGGAUUCUGGAUGAUUCUCUUGCCUUGUACGUAGGCUAUGCAAGUUUGGUUAAGAGUCAGACACCUUACCCUACGAAGUCGUUCGUGUCUCUUGGCGUCACAUAAGGCCAACAUAAAAAAUCAGGCCGGAUUUUUUGUGUUCGACAAUUUUACUUGACAAGUAAAUCUUGGCGACGAAUCCGUUGACGUGGCGUGUAAACCAGCCUUUUAAACAUACUUUUUCUCAUCACGUCUCAAGUAAGCGCAGUAUUCUGAGGCCCUUUUUAAUCAUAAAGACCUCGGACAGAAUUUUGUUCUUUUUUGCCCUAUUUAAACCUAUAAUUCUGCAGUUUUUCACAAUUUUGCAAGACAAAUUGCACUCAUUCAAUAUCCAGGACGAUCAAAGCACGCGCUUCCUUUGCACAACAAAUUAUAGCAUUGACCACAUUAUAAAACGUUUUCAUGAAGAGAAUUCCAUAAUGCCGGGACUUUUCAGUAAAGAAAAAUCUGGUCCUAUGUGAUAUGCAGGGUAAUAAUUAUGGGCUUUUAGUGAAAACGAUAAAAAAGAUUCCCAAAACCACCUUUUCGGCCAGCCGGACGGGUUCUCACUUUGGACAGGCACCAAAUUUGCAGUGCCGAUUAAUAGAGUUCACAUUUACGCUUCAACAUAAUAGAGAAUUUGUUAUGUUUAGGUUUUAUUUCCCUUUAUUUAUAAAACUGUUUAUUAUUUGUUAUGUGUAAUCUUUAAAAGCGAGCUAUUUACGCGCGGCGUUUUGAGUAUAGACCCUGUCACGGUUUUCGACGCCAUCUUGACGAGUAGGCAAACGCAUGAGAAAUUACAGUGUUUGUAUGAGAAUCUAAUGUCAAAUAAUUUCCAUAAAAUGGCUGUUCUGAACAAAAUAUCAAUUGUAAACGAAAGCAACAAAGCAAAGGAUUGUCCUAAAAAAUUUAAGGGGCGUACCCGUGCUUGAAUUUCUCCAGAGGCUUGCUUUAGAUUUUCCAUAUAUUUGUCUGUAAUUUUCCCGGAACUUUCCAACGGAAAAAUGCAUAAGAAAAUUAAAAAUGUGGUUCUAGGUUUUCCAGUGCAUGCAACGCCCUAAAAAUUUUUUCAGGAGAAUCCUUAGAAGUGAAGCUUUAGUUUACAAAUCGUAUUUUUUUCAGAACAGCCGUUCUACGAAAAUUAUUCGACAUUAGAUUCUCAUACAAUCACUGUAAUAUCUCACGCGUUUGCCUACUCGUCAAGAUGGCGUCGAAAACCUUGACAAGGUCUAUUCCUGCAUGCGAUGUUUAUGUUCGACUGGAAACAACCGGUGCAGCGAUAAAAAUUGCGAGAUGGACUACUAAAAAUCAAUAAAAUAAAUAUAAUGCGGUGAAACUCACAACUCGGAAAGAGGAGUACAUGGACCUACAGAGACCGAAACACGAUUAAAAAAAGCGACGAAAACAGCGAGGCCGCAACAACCUCGAUCAACCGUCAAAAAUCCCUCUUAAGUUUUGAAAACAACUAAGUGUAAGCGCAAUAGAAAGCUUUCGGAAAGCUUUUGCAGAAAUUGAUAUUCUUACUAUUUCAUUUUAUAACACCGUAAGACGAUAUUCUAAAAAGGGGCGACCGCCAACCGUGAGAAUCACUUUAAUCUGGCAAAUUGCACGCUCCUUGAGUCAAAAAGUUUAAACACACUAGAUAAUUAACUAUAAGAAAUUAGACGUCCAGAUGUUUCAAAACUGGUGCUAUCCCGGAUGUAUUUUGGACUUUUUGAAUUUAAGCCUGACAGGGAUCGGUUAUUUUUCAACGGGUGUUCAUUAUGGCAGGUCGUUGUUUUCUUGGUUUAGUGCUCCUUCUGGUUUGUGUUUUUUGGGGCGCUUGGCUGAGCCAUAUCACAAACGCUCAACUAGGUAAGGCGAAAACUAACAACAAGGGUAGACAUUACAAAUAUCGUCGGUGUUGCAUCCUGACUAUAUACACAUUUUUAGACUUAAACUAUUCGGUUACCUACUCGCUGACCCUCAGCCCGAGCGAGUUAUAUGCCACGUGCAUUUGUGUAACUAUAUGUAAGCAUUGUUAUUUUUUACGCUAUCGUGGCGUACUUUCCAAUUUUUGUAAGAAUCGGACGCGACACUCGGCAACUCGGGUAAUUACCGCACAUUGCAUGAUAAUGAUGGCUUAAACCCAAUUGAAUUGCUGUUUUAUCGGUUUUUGGAGUUUCCGAUCUGAGUCUAAUUCCUGGCUUCAGUUGCAUGCAGGGAAACUGAGGCGAAAACUAAAUCUGGAGCUUCAAGCACUCGUUGAAAAAAGUGAGUAAUGCUUUAUUAUCCGAUCGUUUUCCGCUCGUGGGUAUCAUAUGCUGAAUAUUGAUUAAUGUGCUUCUCUUCAAUUAGAUUUUAUUUUGGUUUUUGGACUCACCUGCAUGGUUUAGAGCAACAACCUUUAUUAUGAUGAACGCAUGAAUUCUUUUAUAUAAUCUUAGGACGCUAAAAUUAAAAACUUUCUUUUUUUAAUUACUGAUUAUUAGUGUGUAUGCUUAGAUCUUUUUUGUGCUUAAAUCUUGAUAUUUGAACGUCCAUUUGCCUGAUUUUCUCGGACUCUGGCUCUCGUUACCACCUCUGUUUUUAUACUCCCAAUGAUGCAAGUUUAAUCUAGCUCCAUUAGGCAAUGUCUAGUGUUAAUUUGGUAUAUUUUAAUUUGACAUGUGCUAGACAAAACAGUCCUACUGCUCAAGGUCAGUGAAGGAUCAGUUGUCGUCUAUAGCCUUCAAUUAGCUAGUUAAAUUCAUUUUCGCACACUCAGCAAACAGCGAAUAGAACAGAUCUCAAAAUGGUUUUCUUGAACCAAUAAUCGAAAAACAUAGAGAGAAGUUCGUUCCCUCCAAAAUCGUUGGAGAUUCUUGGCUUUUUAUACUUAAGAUGCGGUGUCAAUCUUAAAGAGGCAACUAGCCUGAGAGUAAAAAAAGUCGUCCUUGACUAGAGUGUCACAAAGUUAUCCUUGAAUUAACGGGUAAAUAGCUAAAAAUUUUUCCUUAUUUCUUCUUUUUUUUAAUAAUCCCCAAAAAGCUCAAAAAAACCACCUCUUUUUUUUGCUUGGCACAAGAAAUAAUGAACCUUGUUACACUUCUUAGGAGAAGAACCUCUCGGCAGGUGUCUCGGCGGGACUGCCAAACCGCCCAACGAAAAAGGCCAUUAUUAAAAUCCUUUCGAUCAAGACCAAUAUAAUCAUUUGCGUUUUAUCCAACAUCGAAUGGAGUCUAUAGAGUCUUGCAAAAGUUUGUCAAACACUGAGAUAACUGAGUUAAGUAUAGAGUUUCGAGGAAACUUAAAUAAAACUAAAGAAGCUUGUAGAGAGACUUAAAUCGAUCAGAUGGUCUUAUAUGAUAGGAAGAUGUAAUAUACUACACCCUCUAGAGAGCCAAAAUAGACUGUCUGUUGAAAGAGAGGCCUUUUCUUUAGCACUUUCAGCGACCAAAGGAUACUCCUUCGAGAACUUGGUGUGGCGCGAAGAAACUUUUGAAUCCACCCAACAGAGUGCACAAAUGUGCUGCAACAAGAACCCAUGGCUGCAAUUAUUUACACUCACCACGUAGAGUGAUCUUCGGCUUCUCAACUUAACCGACACCAUGCUGAUAACAGACAAAUUUCAAUAAGGGCGUCACGGAUCGAAAAUAAAGCUAGCAAGAGCAAAGUUUUCCGAACUGCUCUAUGUUCGAUAUACAUGUCGUUAGGAAGUCAUUGUUUUCAACUUGCUGAAUACUGUUUUUGGAAAAGAAGUCAAUUAGGAGCCGGAUAAUAGGACAAUCACAUGACUUUGAGGGGCAUAGUUUAUUCGUGUCCCUCAUAGCAUCAUUUGCGCCCAAGCGGAGCGAGGGUGCAAAUGAUGCUAAGGGGGACACAAAUAAACUAUAUGUCCAACAAAAGUUAUUUGAUUAUCAUUAUUAUCAAUACACAAGGCCAAAUCGUACAAAAUUUAUUUCGUAAGGAAAGACUGUUAACAUGAAAUUACGUUGCGGGCCGCAAAUUCCAUUUCAGUACAGUGGACAACCAAUGAUUGAAGUACAAACAGAAUUCCACAAGACCAGUAUGAUUAGAGAGUCUCCGUCGCAGUUGGCGUAUGAACAACAACAGCUUAUAAAUUGCGAAUAUAACUUGCAAAAAAAGGUAGCAACAAGAAAUUUGAAGAGGAUCUAUCAUGGCUUCACAAUUUGCAUCAAUUCGUUUCAGACAAUAGGGAUUUUGUUUCCUGGAUUCUGGAUGAUUCUCUUGCCUUGUACGUAGGCUAUGCAAGUUUGGUUAAGAGUCAGACACCUUACCCUACGAAGUCGUUCGUGUCUCUUGGCGUCACAUAAGGCCAACAUAAAAAAUCAGGCCGGAUUUUUUUAGUGUUCGACAAGUUUACUUUACAUGUAAAUCUUGGCGACGAAUCUGGUGGCGUGUAAACCAGCCUUUUAAAAAUACUUUUUCUCAUCACGUCUCAGGUAAACGCAGUACUAUGAGGCCCUUUUUUAUCAUACAGACCUCGAACCGAAUUUUGUUCUUUUUUGCCCUAUUUAAACCUAUAAUUCUGCAGUUUUUCACAAUUUUUUCAUUCAAUAUCCAGGACGAUCAAAGCACGCGCUUCCUUUGCACAACAAAUUAUAGCAUUGACCACAUUAUAAAACGUUUUCAUGAAGAGAAUUCCAUAAUGCCGGGACUUUUCAGUAAGAAAAAUCUAGUCCUAUCUGAUAUGCAGGGUAAUAAUUAUGGGCUUUUAGUGAAAACGAUAAAAAAAUUCCCAAAACCACCUUUUCGGCCAGCCGGACGGGUUAACGUUCUCGCUUUUGACAGGCACCAAAUUUGCAGUGUCGAUUAAUAGAGUUAGCAUUUACGCUUCAACAUGAUACAGAAUUUGUUAUGUUUAGGUUUUAUUUCCCUUUAUUUAUAAAACUGUUUAUGAUUUGUUAUGUGUAAUCUUUAAAAGCGAGCUAUUUACGCCCGGCGUUUUGAGUAUAGACCCUGUCACGGUUUUCGACGCCAUCUUGACGAGUAGGCAAACGCAUGAGAAAUUACAGUGUUUGUAUGAGAAUCUAAUGUCAAAUAAUUUCCAUAAAAUGGCUGUUCUGAACAAAAUAUCAAUUGUAAACGAAAGCAACAAAGCAAAGGAUUGUCCUAAAAAAUUUAAGGGGCGUACCCGUGCUUGAAUUUCUCCAGAGGCUUGCUUUAGAUUUUCCAUAUAUUUGUCUGUAAUUUUCCCGGAACUUUCCAACGGAAAAAUGCAUAAGAAAAUUAAAAAUGUGGUUCUAGGUUUUCCAGUGCAUGCAACGCCCUAAAAAUUUUUUCAGGAGAAUCCUUAGAAGUGAAGCUUUAGUUUACAAAUCGUAUUUUUUUCAGAACAGCCGUUCUACGAAAAUUAUUCGACAUUAGAUUCUCAUACAAUCACUGUAAUAUCUCACGCGUUUGCCUACUCGUCAAGAUGGCGUCGAAAACCUUGACAAGGUCUAUUCCUGCAUGCGAUGUUUAUGUUCGACUGGAAACAACCGGUGCAGCGAUAAAAAUUGCGAGAUGGACUACUAAAAAUCAAUAAAAUAAAUAUAAUGCGGUGAAACUCACAACUCGGAAAGAGGAGUACAUGGACCUACAGAGACCGAAACACGAUUAAAAAAAAAAGACGAAAAACAGCGAGGCCGCAACAACCUCGAUCAACCGUCAAAAAUCCUCUUAAGUUUUGAAAACAACUAAGUGUAAGCGCAAUAGAAAGCUUUCGGAAAGCUUUUGCAGAAAUUGAUAUUCUUACUAUUUCAUUUUAUAACACCGUAAGACGAUAUUCUAAAAAGGGGCGACCGCCAACCGUGAGAAUCACUUUAAUCUGGCAAAUUGCACGCUCCUUGAGUCAAAAAGUUUAAACACACUAGAUAAUUAACUAUAAGAAAUUAGACGUCCAGAUGUUUCAAAACUGGUGCUAUCCCGGAUGUAUUUUGGACUUUUUGAAUUUAAGCCUGACAGGGAUCGGUUAUUUUUCAACGGGUGUUCAUUAUGGCAGGUCGUUGUUUUCUUGGUUUAGUGCUCCUUCUGGUUUGUGUUUUUUGGGGCGCUUGGCUGAGCCAUAUCACAAACGCUCAACUAGGUAAGGCGAAAACUAACAACAAGGGUAGACAUUACAAAUAUCGUCGGUGUUGCAUCCUGACUAUAUACACAUUUUUAGACUUAAACUAUUCGGUUACCUACUCGCUGACCCUCAGCCCGAGCGAGUUAUAUGCCACGUGCAUUUGUGUAACUAUAUGUAAGCAUUGUUAUUUUUUACGCUAUCGUGGCGUACUUUCCAAUUUUUGUAAGAAUCGGACGCGACACUCGGCAACUCGGGUAAUUACCGCACAUUGCAUGAUAAUGAUGGCUUAAACCCAAUUGAAUUGCUGUUUUAUCGGUUUUUGGAGUUUCCGAUCUGAGUCUAAUUCCUGGCUUCAGUUGCAUGCAGGGAAACUGAGGCGAAAACUAAAUCUGGAGCUUCAAGCACUCGUUGAAAAAAAGUGAGUAAUGCUUUAUUAUCCGAUCGUUUUCCGCUCGUGGGUAUCAUAUGCUGAAUAUUGAUUAAUGUGCUUCUCUUCAAUUAGAUUUUAUUUUGGUUUUUGGACUCACCUGCAUGGUUUAGAGCAACAACCUUUAUUAUGAUGAACGCAUGAAUUCUUUUAUAUAAUCUUAGGACGCUAAAAUUAAAAACUUUCUUUUUUUAAUUACUGAUUAUUAGUGUGUAUGCUUAGAUCUUUUUUGUGCUUAAAUCUUGAUAUUUGAACGUCCAUUUGCCUGAUUUUCUCGGACUCUGGCUCUCGUUACCACCUCUGUUUUUAUACUCCCAAUGAUGCAAGUUUAAUCUAGCUCCAUUAGGCAAUGUCUAGUGUUAAUUUGGUAUAUUUUAAUUUGACAUGUGCUAGACAAAACAGUCCUACUGCUCAAGGUCAGUGAAGGAUCAGUUGUCGUCUAUAGCCUUCAAUUAGCUAGUUAAAUUCAUUUUCGCACACUCAGCAAACAGCGAAUUGAACAGACCUCAAAAUGGUUUUCUUGAACCAAUAAUCGUAAAACAUAGAGAGAAGUUCGUUCCCUCCGAAAUCGUUGGAGAUUCUUGGCUUUUUAUACUUAAGAUGCGGUGUCAAUCUUAAAGAGGCAACUAGCCUGAGAGUAAGAAAAAAGUCGUCCUUGACUAGAGUGUCACAAAGUUAUCCUUGAAUUAACGGGUAAAUAGCUAAAAAUUUUUCCUUAUUUCUUCUUUUUUUUUAAUAAUCCCCUAAAAGCUCAAAAAACAACCACCUCUUUUUUGCUUGGCACAAGAAAUAAUGAACCUUGUUACACUUCUUAGGAGAAGAACCUCUCGGCAGGUGUCUCGGCGGGACUGCCAAACCGCCCAACGAAAAAGGCCAUUAUUAAAAUCCUUUCGAUCAAGAGCAAUAUAAUCAUUUGCGUUUUAUCCAACAUCGAAUGGAGUCUAUAGAGUCUUGCAAAAGUUUGUCAAACACUGAGAUAACUGAGUUAAGUAUAGAGUUUCGAGGAAACUUAAAUAAAACUAAAGAAGCUUGUAGAGAGACUUAAAUCGAUCAGAUGGUCUUAUAUGAUAGGAAGAUGUAAUAUACUACACCCUCUAGAGAGCCAAAAUAGACUGUCUGUUGAAAGAGAGGCCUUUUCUUUAGCACUUUCAGCGACCAAAGGAUACUCCUUCGAGAACUUGGUGUGGCGCGAAGAAACUUUUGAAUCCACCCAACAGAGUGCACAAAUGUGCUGCAACAAGAACCCAUGGCUGCAAUUAUUUACACUCACCACGUAGAGUGAUCUUCGGCUUCUCAACUUAACCGACAUCAUGCUGAUAAUAGACAAAUUUCAAUAAGGGCGUCACGGAUCGAAAAUAAAGCUAGCAAGAGCAAAGUUUUCCGAACUGCUCUAUGUUCGGUAUACAUGUCGUUAGGAAGUCAUUGUUUUUAACUUGCUGAAUACUGUUUUUGGAAAAGAAGUCAAUUAGGAGCCGGAUAAUAGGACAAUCACAUGACUUUGAAGGGCAUAGUUUAUUCGUGUCCCUCAUAGCAUCAUUUGCGCCCAAGCGGAGCGAGGGUGCAAAUGAUGCUAAGGGGGACACAAAUAAACUAUAUGUCCAACAAAAGUUAUUUGAUUAUCAUUAUUAUCAAUACACAAGGCCAAAUCGUACAAAAUUUAUUUCGUAAGGAAAGACUGUUAACAUGAAAUUACGUUGCGGGCCGCAAAUUCCAUUUCAGUACAUGGACAACCAAUGAUUGAAGUACAAACAGAAUUCCACAAGACCAGUAUGAUUAGAGAGUCUCCGUCGCAGUUGGCGUAUGAACAACAACAGCUUAUAAAUUGCGAAUAUAACUUGCAAAAGGUGUAGCAACAAGAAAUUUGAAGAGGAUCUAUCAUGGCUUCACAAUUUGCAUCAAUUCGUUUCCAGACAAUAGGGAUUUUGUUUCCUGGAUUUUGGAUGAUUCUCUUGCCUUGUACGUAGGCUAUGCAAGUUUGGUUAAGAGUCAGACACCUUACCCUACGAAGUCGUUCGUGUCUCUUGGCGUCACAUAGUUAGUUUAUUUGUUUUGGGAUCUGUUAAAGGAAUUUUGCUAUAUAGGCUGCCAAGCGAACAUAUAUGGUCUAUUGAGGCUGGUCAGUAAAACGUAAUAUAUAGAUUUAGCCAGGGCUAAAAGGGAAGCUCCCAUUAAAAAAUUCACAAUUUAAAUCAAACAAUAAACUUGUAAUCAAUAGAUCAGGGCACAUUCAUGUAAAAGCAAAGGCAAAGGCUAAGUGAUUCUAGAGAAAAAUAAUUUGACAGUCCAAGAGUGAAACAAAUUUUACAUCGAGUUAAUAGACUUAUUUGUACACCCAAAAAUAGCAAUCAUGUUCGAUCACAGUAGACUGGGCCUGGAAAACAAAUAGACCUAUUCGUGUAUUGUAUUUGCAUUAGCUGUUGCUCCCUUUGAGAGACCAUGGAUGAUUGGAUAACUCCGAAAUAUAAUUUUAAGAAACACACGCGCCACGAUAGUCCUUAGUGGCAGCCAAUUUACACGUUGUAUUCCUCUGUCUAAAAGGGAGGCCAACAUAAAAAAUCAGGCCGGAUUUUUUGUGUUCGACAAUUUUACUUUACAAGUAAAUCUUGGCGACGAAUCCGUUGACGUGGCGUGUAAACCAGCCUUUUAAACAUACUUUUUCUCAUCACGUCUCAAGUAAGCGCAGUAUUCUGAGGCCCUUUUUUUAUCAUAAAGACCUUGGACAGAAUUUUGUUCUUUUUUGCCCUAUUUAAACCUAUAAUUCUGCAGUUUUUCACAAUUUUGCAAGACAAAUUGCACUCAUUCAAUAUCCAGGACGAUCAAAGCACGCGCUUCCUUUGCACAACAAAUUAUAGCAUUGACCACAUUAUAAAACGUUUUCAUGAAGAGAAUUCCAUAAUGCCGGGACUUUUCAGUAAAGAAAAAUCUGGCCCUAUGUGAUAUGCAGGGUAAUAAUUAUGGGCUUUUAGUGAAAACGAUAAAAAAGAUUCCCAAAACCACCUUUUCGGCCAGCCGGACGGGUUCUCACUUUGGACAGGCACCAAAUUUGCAGUGCCGAUUAAUAGAGUUCACAUUUACGCUUCAACAUAAUAGAGAAUUUGUUAUGUUUAGGUUUUAUUUCCCUUUAUUUAUAAAACUGUUUAUUAUUUGUUAUGUGUAAUCUUUAAAAGCGAGCUAUUUACGCGCGGCGUUUUGAGUAUAGACCCUGUCACGGUUUUCGACGCCAUCUUGACGAGUAGGCAAACGCAUGAGAAAUUACAGUGUUUGUAUGAGAAUCUAAUGUCAAAUAAUUUCCAUAAAAUGGCUGUUCUGAACAAAAUAUCAAUUGUAAACGAAAGCAACAAAGCAAAGGAUUGUCCUAAAAAAUUUAAGGGGCGUACCCGUGCUUGAAUUUCUCCAGAGGCUUGCUUUAGAUUUUCCAUAUAUUUGUCUGUAAUUUUCCCGGAACUUUCCAACGGAAAAAUGCAUAAGAAAAUUAAAAAUGUGGUUCUAGGUCUUCCAGUGCAUGCAACGCCCUAAAAUUUUUUUCAGGAGAAUCCUUAGAAGUGAAGCUUUAGUUUACAAAUCGUAUUUUUUUCAGAACAGCCGUUCUACGAAAAUUAUUCGACAUUAGAUUCUCAUACAAUCACUGUAAUAUCUCACGCGUUUGCCUACUCGUCAAGAUGGCGUCGAAAACCUUGACAAGGUCUAUUCCUGCAUGCGAUGUUUAUGUUCGACUGGAAACAACCGGUGCAGCGAUAAAAAUUGCGAGAUGGACUACUAAAAAUCAAUAAAAUAAAUAUAAUGCGGUGAAACAUGCACAGAGACAAUAAGUUUCAUUCACGAAGACAAGUAUUGAGAGUAAAGUGUCUCUGAAAAUCAUGAGUCAGGUAAGCAUAAGCUUAUUUAUGUUUUAAGCCGGCUUCCCGGUGUUUGCUCUUUUUCAAGAUGAACUCGAGGCAAGAAAAUCGCGCAUGAAUUGCGUGUACGGACGGGUGGGCGGGCCGGCGGGCGUACGCUACGUCAUAACCAAAUUUUCUCGGAUGGAUAGUUUACCAAAUUUUGUUACCCAUGGUGUUCCACUGCGCGCGCUUCGCGCGCGAGAGCUCCGCUACAAAGUGCAAAAUACCAGUCAAAGGAUUUGAUUUAUAAAACCAACAAACUGAGUCAACAGGUCAAAUAGCAGAGAGUUAGUUAUGUGCUAGAAAAUUAAGGCUAAAUAAGAUAAAUAUCUUUAAAUUCAAAUUAAGUAUAUAUUACGUUUUGCGGUCAAGGUAGUCCAGCAGAUCGGAUUGCACACAGUUUAGUACCGGAUCGAAAUGUUACAGCAAAAAUACAACUGAAUUUUAAAUGGCUGCAGGUCGCUUCAAUUAAGACUCAUUUCAGAAUUGCGCGGUCUUUGUUGUUAUGUCGGAAAACCGGAUCCCUGAUCCCUUUACAGUACCACUGAUCCUGAUCCCAUGGCUUGUGAUCCCAGUUCCCGGCGCUGUGAUUCCUGAUCCCACCCCAUUUUUUUGCCGUUGAUCCCUGAUCCCAUAUACCUUGUUACGACCCUGAGCAUCUAUAAAAUGAGGUUGACUGAAGAGAAACGCUAUAAGAAUUUUCACUUGCGGUUGUUUCUUGCUGAGAUGAGACUCAAUGUGUUGGUAAUGUGCAACAGGAUGGAAGAGGAAAGAAGACGGCAAACCUUGUGUGACAAAUUUUGUUUGAAAAAACUUUCCGUCAAACAGAUCCUUUUUUAAAAGACCAGAAAACAUUAAUGUUAAGUUAAACUCGCAAUUAAUAGCCCUGUCACAUUUGGCACACACAAGCGUUUUACCGUUGUUAAAGGGAAAAUGUAGAUUUCAUUGGGUUUUCAAUUUAUUUCACGGCGCGUGGACUACAAAAUUAUAAAAUAGGAUUUCAUCUGUUUUGAAUAAGUUUUUAUUUAAGUCUGUGCAAACAGGAAUCUUUAUUCUCUGUACAAACAUUGUAACCGAGAUUGUUUACUCAUGUCAUAGGCUCCUGCUCCUGUAUAUAAUUAUUGGAACAGUGUGCCUCAGGAAAUUUCUGUACGCAUAUUAUAUGUACCCUCGAAAUUGAAUUUUCUAGACAUAGAUAUACAGCUUAGUCACUGAAUAACUAGACCUUUCGCCUGUUCAAAUACCAACCGAUCGUAGUUUUUAGUUUUAACAUUUUGAGGGAUCCUGAGCAAAGGAAACUAGAAUUCUUUUACACAGCUUUCUUUGUAAAUUUCCUUGCUUGAGUGACAUUUAAUUUUGAGUUAUUUAGUUUAACAUAUAUGAACUUUAAAACUGAAUUUAUCCAGAUUUGUUUUCAGUGAUCAGCUGAUUUUAUUCAGCCUUCUUUCCUUUUGUUUUCCGAUGUUCUAACAAGUUGAUCGGUUAGUAUAAAUAGAGCACUGUUAUUCCUGUUUUUCGAUUUACAUUGCGGAUUUACAUGUCUGUAUGAUUUACGUUCACGAGCUGAAGAUUAAACUGUUGAAGUCCAAGUUUGAUUCCUGUCCUGUUUCCAGUUGUAGCAGAUCCUAGUACCUUGGAAUACUGACGAGUUCCUUUCCUGCUAGCCAAGCGAGUUGCAGAGUAGUUUUCCCCUUGUUGUUCUUACACCAAAGUCGCUCGAGUUCUCUUAACGCUUAUUUCCCCGAUUUGUGCUUGGAAGGACAAAACCUAUCGUCACACCGUCCUCUUCUCCCUGUCGUCCUGUUACGUAAACUCUUUAAUCACUGCAGAAGAAAACGGCUGGAGAACUAUCCGAGCGCGUAGGCUCACAGGAUAAUAUCGCAACGGAGAUUGUGAGACAAGAGAUUCCAAACAUGUAAACGAAUCACCCCAAAUUUCCCGACCACAUUCAAUCUCAAAAAAGACCGCAGUGUACAACUUGCGUACCGAAGGCCUUUAGAGCACUUGGUUGGCUGAUACAUCAAAAUAAUGCAGGCGCGAAGUCCCUUAAGCCUGAAUUUCAUCCGAUUACUUGGACACUCCCUGAGAGUAGAAAAUGACUCAAAGCAACUGGACGAAAUUGAGGCUGCAAAAUGACGGCGUAUCCGGCGAAAAAUGCAACCAGUGAAAGGUCAUCAUAUUUUAUUUAUUUUGAAACGUACGCUAAACUAUGAUGGCUGUGUGGCCAUAACUGAGGGACAAGCAUUCGACUUGACAUCCUUACUGGAUUUUAAGGUGUAAAUCCUCGAUGAUGACUAAUCGGGAGUGUUGUACGCACUGCCUGUAACAGCCGUCAAUUCGAUGUCAAUUCCACGUUUUAUUCGAUCCGAUCAACUACGCUCAGCACACCGUUCGAAUACAAUACCGUACAAGAAAUCCUUACAAACAAGCAAGUGUCUCUAUCCGUAACCUUGAAAACUGCUGAAAUAUCCGUAAUGCUUCCGUAAUGUUCUAUUCCUUCGAUGUGAGUCUAGUUAAACGAUCCUUAUCCGAGAAAUAAAGGCGAAAAUAACAAGCGAUAAAAGCACAUGUAUGCCGAGGUUUGACCUAGUGUCGAAUGACAACACCUCGGCGCAGACUGGGCCUAGUGCACAGGACACCUAGCAUUUACAUGGCUCCCCUAAAAUGUUUGUCAUUUUAACCAAAACAAAUCUUACUCUAACUUGUUUAGAAUACUAGAAUUGCUAAGCGUUCUAGAUAUCCUGUUUCUGUAACAUCACAGUUCCUCAGGCUCCUCGUCGGGGAUUCCCGGUCUAUCCUUAGGUGACUCUAGCAACAGCACAAGUUUAUUGACUGGUCGAUCCAAUACUGAUCCAGUUCCGGUUUGAACAGUCACCGAUCUGACUUGGCCUUCAUCAUCACAUAGUUAAUUGAGUGGAAUGGUUAUGAAACCCGUCAGACUCCUUUGUUAUAUGUUUUUGUGGACCUGAAAGUGCACAACGUUCAAAAGCCAUCAUUUUGGCCACUUGCAUUAAUUUAUUCCGUAACAAUUUGAACAGAAAACAAAGGAUUGUCCUUUAAACAUAAACUGAACAAUGUUUGCCGCUUUUCAUAACGUCCUUCUAUGAUCAUCACGACGUUUUUAGCUUCCACUUAUUCCUGAACAAUGUGUCCACUUUUGUCCACUUUUGUCUCAACUGUAGGAUCUGAAGAUAUUCUUUACUCCAUCUAUUCCAGAAUUCGUUAGCAAUAUGCUGUACGCGCCUCCAGCGACGUUUGCAGUAAGUAUCUUCUCGUUGAAACUUUCCUGGAGGGGGAAGAAUGAGCUUGGUUUUACCAGUGAGAAGGGUACUUGGCGAUAGUGGCAACGGUGAGAGCGGAUCACUUAAGGUCUCGGUAGUCAGAGGACGACUGUUGACAACAGCUUCAGCUUCACAUAACAAAGUUCGCAACGAUUCGUCGUUUAAGCUGUGACCAUGCUGUUUCAUAAGUGCUGCCAUGAUGUUCCGCACGGACCGAAUUUGUCGUUCCCAAACGCCUCCGAAAUUACUUGCAGUAGCAGGAUUUCUGAUCCAAUCGAUGUUCUCCUUAAGCAACUCUGCCUUAAUUUUCUCAUCAUCCAUUUCUUGAAGUGCUGCCUUUAACUCGUUUUCAGCCCCAACAAAAUUAGUCCCUUGGUCACUGCGAAGUUCUCUUAUGGGUCCUCUACGACAGGUUAAGCGCCGUAAUGCUUGUAAGAAUGAAUCUGUUUCCAUGGAGUGGGCUACUUCGAUAUGUACCGCACGACUGGCCAAACAAGUAAAUAGGGCUCCGUACCUUUUAACUUCUUUCCUGCCUUCUUUGACAUACCACGGACCAAAGUAGUCCACUGCACAGUAUGAAAACUGUGGCGCGGGUUCAACACGGGAACUUGGGAGGUUGGCCAUUUUCUGUUCUAGUACCACGGAGAUGUCGACACGUGACCCACCUUGAAAUGAAGUGUCUGACCGCAGCAUUCCCAUUGAUAAUCCAGUAACCACUCGAACGAAGUUCGUUUAAGGUGAGACCUCUUCCGCUGUGGUGAGUUUUCUCAUGGGCGUGACGGAGGACCAGCUCUGUAAUAUGACCAGUCUUCGGUAAGAUGACAGGGUUCUUAAGACUGUCUGAGAGGUUAGCCUUCUUUAUCCGUCCUCCGACUCUCAACAUUCCGCUGGCAUCCAGGUAUGGGUCAAGGGCGUUAAGGCUGCUACUUUUCUUCAAAACUGCUUUCCUUUCCUUAUCAUGAUGACGAUCUUUAGGCACACUUCCGGUCUGAGUUUGGAAAUCUUUCAGAAUCUUGAUUUCUUUAUCGAAAUAAUUCGCUUGCACCAGCUUGAGAAUUUCUGUUUCUGCUUGUUCAAGGUCUCUGACCAUAAAGGAAGUAGCCGGGCAACCUUCACAUUCACGGCUUCGUCCAUUAACUUGAGGACCGUCAACAGUUAGAGGUCUCUUGUCUGCCUUACUGGCUCUCAUCUUGAGACGUCGUUUGUAUUCCAUACAAAGCGCAACUGCGCCUUUUAGGACUUGCCACUUGGAGAAUCUUUUGAAUCUGCUUAACAUGUUUUCAUGUUCUUCAAUCACUGUCGCGUUAGCGGUAACCCUUUUAACGUCAGGAGAAUUGUGGUCCACCUCGUUUUCGUAUGAGUCUUGUUGAGGCCAGUGAUCUUCCGUCUGCCACAAGAAGUCUGGGCCCUUAAUCCACUGCGACCUUUGCAUAAACUCCUUAGCGUUCAUCCCCCUCGAUGCUUCAUCUGCUGGGUUGGAUCCAGACUCCACGUAGCGCCACUGGUCCGGUGAAGUGUGGUCACGGAUGAAUUGCACUCUAUUUGCAACAUACACUUGGAAUCUUCGAGAUUCAUUGUUGAUGAACCCGAGGACAACUUUACUAUCGGUCCAGUAGAAGUCUUGGAGUCCGUCAUAGUCUAACUCUUCUUUUAGCAUGCUUGCAACCCUUACUGAAACGGUAGCGGCAGUUAGUUCAAGUCUUGGAAUAGUGACUGUCUUCAACGGUGCAACACGAGCUUUCCCCAUAACAAGAGAACAAUGAAUUCUUCCGUUUUCAUCAACCAGUCUGAGAUAAGAACAUUGUCCGUACCCGACUUGAGACGCAUCUGACAUAUUAUGUAGCUGAGCAGUGGCAAUGCUUCCAAAAUCAGGAGGCUGAAAGUUUCUUGGGAUGUUCACCUGCUCUAAUAGCGGUAACUGACUUCUCCAUCUUCCCCAUUUGGCAAGAACUUCUCCCUCGAUUGGCUCGUCCCAGUCUUUUCCGUGACAGAUCUCUUGAAGUAUCUGCUUUCCAACAAGGACGACGGGCGCAAUCAGCCCCAGAGGAUCAAAGAUCGAGCUUAUAGUUGCCAGUAUACCCCUACGGGUGCACGGCUUGUCCUUCAACUCUAUCCUGAAUUUGAAUGCGUCCGAUUCAAUGCACCAUUCUACACCCAAUGCUCUCUCUAUUGGUAACUUGUCACUGCCUAGGUCUAGGCCCUUGAUCUCCUUUGCUCUGUCUUCAGCAGGUACUGACAUCACCUUACUACUGUUGCUGACAAAUUUCGUUAGUUUGAACCCUCCCUUUGCACACAUCUCUUUAACAGUUUGUACUAGUUCUACAGCGUCCUUCUCUGUCGGUACCGAACUCAGAGCAUCAUCGACGUAAAAGUUCUUCCUUAAUGUUUCGGCAGCUCUUGCACCAAACUCUCUUUCACCGUCUUCGGCUGUACGUUUCAAGGCGAAGUUAGAACACCCUGGAGAUGAACCAGCUCCAAAGAGGUGCACUGUCAUGCAGUACUCUUGAGGCUCUUGAGUUAAAUCUCCAUUUGGCCACCAUAAGAAGCGAAGGAAGUUCUGAUCUUCCCUUGGAACCUUGACUUGAAAAAACAUUUUCUCUAUGUCAGCCAUGAAGGCUACCUUCUCCUCUCUGAAUCUUGUGAGCACCCCAGUGAGCUUGUUUGUUAGAUCGGGCCCUUGCAAUAGGUGGCCAUUCAGCGAUUCACCCUGGUAACGAGCUGAACAGUCAAAUACUACGCGUAUGCUGCCUGGCUUUUUGGGGUGGUAAACCCCGUGGUGAGGUAAGUACCAGGCCUUUCCUUCUUGAUGGGGUAGCUCUUCAACCUUGACCUUUCGAGCAUAUCCCUUCUCUAUGAUUUCAGUCAUGAAUCUGACGUAUUCAGCACGAUACCUUGCGUCGCCUUGGAGUCUCUUCUUAAGGCCGUGCAGGCGUUGCUCUGCUUGAGGACGGUUAUUGGGUAGCUGUACAUUCUUUUCUAUAAAGGGCAGAGGCAUCUCGUAAUGCAUGUCAUCUCUAUGAUGGAUUCCAUCUUCUACAAUCUUCAGGAACUGACGGUCUUCUCUUGAUAAUGCGACUCCGUGCUCCUUUUAAGCAAAGUCCACCUCAAACAUUCGAGAAACCACUUGAGGGGUUAGCCGCUCCUUAAUCUCUGUCUUAGCAAUGAUGUACCCAUUCACGUUAUCCUCUGUGUUGCUCUUAAGAAUCUGAAUACGGUUACAAUGUACUUGUUUACUGCUCUUUUGGUUAACAGGACCGUUUACGUGCCAUCCCAGUAGUGAUCUUACUGCAUAGGGUUCAUUCUCAUUGCCGCAAACAAUGUCUCUUGGUCGCACUGCACUAGGGCAAUUUAGUCCGAUCAGGAGUCCUAUUUCUACGUCUUCCAUGUAAGGAGGUACGUGUUUCCUAACCAUCUGCAAAUGUGACCAUCCUUGCAGCUCUUCGGGACGAGGAAUCUCAUCACGAUCUGCUGGAAUCCGUUGUCUGACGUAGGUUCUCGGUAGGGGUACGAUAACGUCGUUUUCUUGAAAGUGGGAAGCCAUUAGCCCAUCUACCGCUUUAGUAUCGACUUCUUGGGUACCAUGCAUAGUAGUGAGCAAAAGUUUGGUUUCACUUCCUUUAACACCAAGCCUUCUUAACGAGUCUUCCUUAAUGAAUGUUCCACCACUGGCAUUAUCAAGGAGGGCGUAAACACAUAUCUUAUUGUUUGGAUUGUCCUUGUGGUACAACCAUACUGGGAUAAUACCCAUAGCAACUGGAACAUCACCGGCAUCUGUCACAUUGCAAAUUGCAGUACACACGUUAACGACUCGCUCUUCCGUUUUCUUUUUACUGGCUUCCGGUUUCUCAUGUUGGCCGUUUCCACUUUCCAUUUUCACCUCUUCUGAUUUCCAACUGUAAUCAUGGAGUGACGUUGGGUGUUUUUUUUGCAGAUCUGACAGGUUCUUUUACUUUUUGCAAAGCUUGGCAAUGUGUUCACAACUAUAGCAACCAAAGCAUAAGCCUUUCUGUUUGAUAAAGUUUCUCCGCUCCACUAGCGGUUUUUAAGAAACUCAGCACAUUCGUCCAGAUGAUGCGCCUUAGAGCACAAUGUACAGCUGAUGGGGUGAGAAUUUCCUCCACCUGCAUUCUUUCCUGCCAAGCCUGUUGCAAAGUUGGUACCCCUUCCUCUCUUGGGUUUGCGUUCGUUCUGUUUUUGGUACUUGUCAACUGCGUUCAUCGGUUUACUUAUGCCUUCCUCGGAAUAGAUUGGGUCUGUCGCUAAAUCGGCUUGCUCUGAUACAAAUUGGCAAAAGUCAUUAAAGCUAGCUGUCUGUCCCUUGACACUCCUAAUCCUGCUAACUCUUUCAGUCCACUUACUACGUAGAUAUCGCGGCAGCUUUUCCCAUAACUGGCGCAUAACAUUGGCCGUGUUCAAGUCGUUCAUGUAUUGCAUGCCUGUCAUGGCGUUCCUUGCUUGCUCAAGGACAAUAGAAAAUUCUUGUAACCCUGUUCCGUCGUUAGGCUUAACAGCGGGCCAGCUCGACAGCUUGGCGAUGUAUGCACUUGCAAUCUUGUAUGGGUCACCAAAAUGUUUCUUCAAAAGCCGUCCAGCCUCCUUGUACGAAUCUUCGCCUUUCAUUUGUAAACAACCCUUUAUCAGUUCCUUGGCCUUUCCACUAGUGUAUUGAUCCAAGAAGUACAAGCGCUCAUUAGAAUCAUCUACCUUAGAUUCUAUGAGAGUUUCAAAGGCUGUUAUGAAUGCUGGGUAUGACAUAACAUCUCCCGAAAACGUAGGUGGCUUGUGACUAGGUGGGAGACUCCUAGCCUGGUGGGUAACAAUCAUUUCGGAAAGUUCAGCCUGCUUCCUUUGAAUGUCAAGAUAGUUUUGAUCUAACCCUGUACCUUCCACAGAGCUUGAAUCCUUUCCGAAACUGCACGUACAUUCCCUUUUAACAUAUGGUAGCUUAUAAUCAGUGGGGGUUUCGUACUUGUCCUUAUACUCUUCUUCCUUAUUGGGAACACUCUUUGGAACAAAGGGUCGGGCAGUUGGGUUCAUACUAGCAGCACUGACUAAGGCUGGGGUGGUUACAGGAGUGGUCGUUGAACCAACAAUAGCUGAACUUUGGAACUUCACAGAAGGCACCCUUAGUGUAGCCUGAUCGUUAGAUUGUACCCCAGGUGAGAUGGUAGUAGAAGUGAGUUUAACCUCGACAUCUUCCAAGUUUUCGUUUAUUCCGUCAAUAUUUUGUUCCUCCUCGAAUUUCUCAUAAGUUUUUUCUUCUGCCUUUGCCUCUGCGAUUUGCUGCCUACGUUCAAGCUCUUCAGUAGCCAUUUUUAAUGCUUGUUUCUCUUUUAGAAAUGAUGCCUUAACCUCUAACGCUGCAGCUUUAGCUUUCGCUUCAAUUAACUUUAACCUAGCAGAUGUUACCGAGGAAAGGGAGUGCCUUGAGCGACGAGAUGACUUAGAUUUCACUGAGUGUGUAUCACGUAAACCGCCACGUAGCUUAUCUGCAUCAUCCAAAAAGCCAAUAAUCCUUUGCUUUAGCUGAAGCACAUCCUUAUCACGAGUGCCAAACCAUUCAAGAGCUAAUUUAAUUUCAUCACCAUCAUCUAAGGCCUUGAGAUAUGCGUCAUGUGCUUCUUGCACUUUAACAAAUAGCUGAUCUAAAUGAACAACUUCCGUACGCACUUGUUUUUCGUUCUCAAAAUCCGUUAACAAAGGUGAGACUAAGUUCAUCUGCUUAGUUAAAUUAGCAAGUGCAGUUUUCCGAUUUUCCUUCAACUUUUGAAUCUCAAAUUGCCUACCCCUUUCUGUAGGAAUCCGUUUUCGCACGUCCAUGUGAGUUUCUUGAGCCAACAAACCGGUCAGCGGCGAUAUCGAACGAGGUGACGAGCAGAUUGUAUCGAGAUCCAUAUCAACUUCGCGCCAAGUGCAAAGCUUCUCUUCGUCAGGGAACUCCGUUUUCCCUUGUAAAUCUUCUUCCUUGUCUCCUUCCAUGUGAUUCGUUUGUAGGUCAAACUGUAACAGCCGUCAAUUCGAUGUCAAUUCCACGUUUUAUUCGAUCCGAUCAACUACCCUCAGCACACCGUUCGAAUACAAUACCGUACAAGAAAUCCUUACAAACAAGCAAGUGUCUCUAUCCGUAACCUUGAAAACUGCUGAAAUAUCCGUAAUGCUUCCGUAAUGUUCUAUUCCUUCGAUGUGAGUCUAGUUAAACGAUCCUUAUCCGAGAAAUAAAGGCGAAAAUAACAAGCGAUAAAAGCACAUGUAUGCCGAGGUUUGACCUAGUGUCGAAUGACAACACCUCGGCGCAGACUGGGCCUAGUGCACAGGACACCUAGCAUUUACACUGCCUACCAUGGUAAUCGUCACUGGCACUUCCCCUAAGGUGGCGAGGAACCUGUCUACUCGCGCAGUAAGAGAUGGCGAAGACCGUUAACCCUGAAGCGUCGGAGAUGGCGUGUUUUUUCAUCCGGGAGAGGGGGGACUCAGCAAAUGCUUAUACGGGGAGGCUCUGCCACGAGGUUCAACCCCUUACCCUUUUAUACACCAUUUUUUUUUUUUACGAAAAAGUAACCCUUUCACAUACCUUGUUUAGAACUUUGCAUCCCUUUUAACUGCGGUAAAUGCACUGUCUAUUAAAUAGGAGUCAAUCACAAAAAUAGAACCUUUUCUCGACUCAAUAAACCGAUAAAAUUCAUCUGAUAGCCCUUUUGGGCCCUUUCACAGACCCAAAUGACAGAUUUCCGUAGUCUUCUAUAUACUUCAACGAGUAAAAUCCCUACCAUGCCAUUUACCUGAAGCGGAACCUCCACGUAUAGGCCAUCAUAGGAAGUCCCCCCCCUCCCCUUGGUUUUCGUCCCCUUUUCCGGCAGAAGCAGUAAGGCGAUAAACCAUACUCCGGUAUACUGUAAGCUCUUUCCCUCAUGCAUUUUUUAUUGCGCAAUGUCCACCUGCUUACGAGGACGUGUGACAGUACGCAGAUAGAAACAUCGUACACCGAGAAAGACUGAUGUCUACUGAAGUUAGGUAAGAAACGAAAAUCAAAGCUAACUGUCACCCCAGUCGGGUAAAUGAUAAAUUCGAUCGUGACAAAAUUAUUUAUACAGGUUGCCGGUAAUGAUUAAUCUAGGCAUAAUUUACCUACGAAUUCAAUGUUUUAGCAAAUCUCAAAACAGACCGAUACAUAUGCCUAAAUGCGUGCUAAAUUUUGGAGUUGAAAGUAAAAAGAAUUAUGUCAAAUACAAGUCAUAGCGAUGAGGCUGUCAGAGGCGAAAGACCGAAAAAAUUGUUUGCUGCGGACCCGUAGCCUAUUCCAUACACGGAGGCACAAAUGAAGCCUGAAACUCUCUCUUAGAAGCUGCUUUUGCAGCUUUUAUCCGUUUCAGCUCACAAUUUGCUGGAUAAAAGAUCGUUGUAUUCCAAACAAUCGUAUGUUUUUUGUUUUUUGAUUUAAACGGCUUAUGGCGUGAAAAUGACAUCAUAGUGUUGAUGUAGGAUGUGGACACUGGAAUUAAAGUGGUAGCUCAGAUCAGAGCAUCUAACCGAGCAACAAAAGUCAGUAUAGAAUAUUUGCUUUAUCACUCGGACAGUGUGCUUAAGUAUGCGAUGUAUCCGGAGAAUACUCCAUAAGCUUUCUGUGUGCACGCUAUCAAACGCUGGAAAUCGAUGAACUUGACAUACAAUCCUCCCUGCCAUUCAAAUGACACUGCUCCAUGUAGCUCUUCAAGGUUUAGAUAUGGUCUUUGCAGCCCCGACCUUUCUGAAAUCAGCAUGUUCUUCGCAGCACUCUAUCGACAGUCAAAGACUGGGGGGAUAUUCACAAUGACUUUUACAAUUAGCACUUUUGACUUGGUAAAAUAACAAUGUGAUAACAGUUGCUCCAGUCACUUGGUAUCCCAUCGAGUCGGUAUCAGCUAUUCCACCGAUGUUUUCUUUUAGAGUCUAUUACUUAUCACAUUCUAACAAGACCCUGAUGCAAUUUCUUUGCAGAUGGUUGUCGUCGCCUCAAGUUCCUUCCACCGGACGAUGGCCAAUAUUUGGCAGAGCACGUGUUUUUAAAUCUUACUAUUGGAAUAUACACACCUUGUCAUCACAGAUGUGUUAUGGAGAGUAGAUGCGUGUCAAUAAACAUUGGUCCGCCUGUGAACGACAAAGUUGUGUGUGAGCUUAGUGAUUCGGACCACAUACUGCACCCACAACAUCUUAAACCAAGACAGGGCUGGAGUUAUAGAGGCAUCACAGAGGUACCAAUGACAAUUAGGUUUAAAACAUACGUAGAAAAACCAACGGCAGCCGAUUGCACGUCUCGCUAUUUAUCGAUAAAGAAAAUAAAGGUUUUUAAUAAGCGGGUGAUGUUCCCUAUGAUGAGUUGCUACUGAUGCUGAUGAUAAUGAUGAUGCUGAUGACGAUAUCGACUAGAAAAAUGGAUGAUGACGAUAUCGAUACUGAUAACAUUACACUGGGCCCACAAUAUAAACUACUGGUUCUAAAUCUACCAGUAAUUGUGACAGCCAUUAAGAUGAUGAUGAUGAUGAUGAUUAUUAUUAUUAUUAUUAUUAUUAUUAUAACAAUUACGAUAUGAAAAUAUAUGUCUUCGCUCCCAUAAAUCAACAAUUCCAGAAAAAUCCCAAAUGUUUCAACCUCACUGGAAGAAAAAUAAAAUAUUGAGAGGUUCGAGAGAUCUAAAUAAUCCCUUUUUCUAUCUCCUAUGAUCACAGCAUGGUACAUAAUUUUUAAUGUGAUUUUAAAAAUAUACAUUCUCCAUUAGAACCCCUGCGUCAGUAAUCCUUGUCUCAACAACGGAACAUGCUUCACAGGAUAUACGAGCAAGAAAUACCUCUGUGUUUGCACUUUUGGCUUCAAAGGAGAAAACUGUGAGAAGGCUACAGGUAAAAUAGUGUAGAAGAUCGAUAUUACAUGGCCGCGCGGAUGGCCGCGCUGAUCUCGAAAAUUAAACGUAACAAUAGAGCCUACACUAAUAAGGCUGAGAUCGCUGACCAAUUUAAUAAGCAUUUUGUCAAUGCGAGCUGAUGUGGGUCAAAACCUGGCCAAAAGAAUUGAAAAUCGUGAAGGACGUCCGACCCAAUUCAUAAGAUCGACUCCAGUAGCUAGCUUUGUUAUGUCCUGUGUCACUGAAACCCAAGUAUGUUCACUAUCUAAUUAAAUGUUUAAAUGAUCAUAAGUCAUCCGUAAAUUUUCCUAAUAAGCUAAUCAAAAUAGCUGCCCAGCCACUGUCAAUACCUUUAAAAUAUAUCUAUAACCAGUCUAUUGAAACUGGAAUUGUUUCUGAUAUUUUAAAAGUCUCACAAAUUCCCCAGUGUAUAAGGGUGGUGAUGCUACAGACCCAAGCAACUCUCUCACCAUUCAGUAAAGUGUUCGAGCGUGUAGUCUAUAAUCAAUUAUGUUCGUUGAUUUCAUAGAUAAACACCAAAUCUUGUACAAAUAUCAGUUUGAAUUUGGGAAAGGAUAUUCCACUGAACAAGCUAUUCUUGAAAUUACUGACAAUCUGAAGCUAGCUACUGAUAAAGGUCAAAUAACAUAUGGUUUAAUUCUUGACCUAUUAAAGGCUUUUGACACAGUAAAUCGUACUGCUCUCUAAGCUUCAUCUAUAUGGAGUUCGGGGUACAUCACAUAAUUGGUUUGAAACUUAUUUGCACAAUCGCGGGGCGACCACACGGUCUGUGGCUUAAAUUUUGACAAUUCUGGCGGUUUUAUCGCCGAACCUUUGCUAAUAAUUUGUUAUUUUCCAUUGAAGUUUUUGUCGGUGAAAUGUUCAUUGUAAUUAAAAGUCAAGUAAGUAACCUUUUAACACCAAGCACUUGUAUUCUCUGGCUUUUCGUUCGUCAAGAAAAUGUCCCGCAAAGUAGCGCGGUGUUAGAAAAGUCCUUCUAGAGGUGUUUCGGGAUAUACAGGCAUCUUAUACAAAUUAUAAGCACGAGAAAGGCACUGAAAUAGUGAUUAACCACAAGAAUAACUUAGAACCUUCUCUCUGCAGCCUUAUCAUGCAGUGACUUAAAGAACGGCGACCCUACAGUAUCAAGUGGAAAUUACGUCAUUGAUCCAGAUGGCGAGGGAGGCCUGGUGCCAUUUACAGUAUAUUGUGACAUGACUGACAAGAAUGGAGUUGGCGUGACAGUUAUCAGUCACGACAGUGAGAGCAGGACACAUGUGAAAGGAUGUGAUGGGGCAGGAUGCUACUCACGCCACAUUCAUUACACUGGAGCGAGUCUGUUUCAUCUGGCCAGUCUUACCAGUGUCUCCUCACACUGCGAGCAGUUUAUCAAGUAUGAGUGUUAUGCCUCAAUGUUACUGAGAACUGGACAAGGAUGGUGGGUGUCACGUGAUUAUUCUAACAUGACGUACUGGGGAGGAGCAUCACCUGGCAGUGGUAAGUGCGCAUGCGGGAUGAACAACACGUGUGCAGACCCCAAAUAUGGCUGUAACUGUGAUGCUAAUCACAAAGCACGGCGUGAAGACAGCGGUCUUCUCACUGACAAGACAAAGCUUCCAGUAACACAGCUCUUUUUUGGUGAUAAUGGUGGUCGUAAGGAGCACGGCUACCACACCCUGGGAAAAUUCAAGUGUUAUGGUACAGCAUAAUCACUUGGGUAAUCACAC